AUUGUGUGUCUGAACCUGAAGGGGGAAAAUGCUGCGCUUCAUCUGCCUGUCCCUGCUGGGUGCCAUUGUCUCUGCAGGACACCCAUGUACUUCUUUCCCUGCGAGCCUGAUGCAGUUGGAUGCCGGCAGCGGGAUGGUGUUUGGAGUCUCAGAAAGUGGAAAUGUGUUUAACUGGACGGGAAAUGAAUUCCUCCUGGUACCCGGCCAGCAGCUGGCACAUGUGACCGUUGGACCUGCUGGCGUUUGGGGAGUGGGCAAAGACAAUGUUGUGUACAAACUGCUGGGCAACCAAUGGAAAACAAUAACAGGGGGAACUCUGAUUCAAGCAGACGCUGGAGGAGCAAUAUUUCUAGUCGGGGUAAACACCAACAAUAAGACUGUCUGCCUCAACAAUGGCUUCACCACAUCCAGGUGUAUGGCUGUGAGCUUCUCAACCAUGGAGGGGAGCUUCAUCUACUAUAGUUGUGGCCUCCUUGGUUGCUGGGCAGUGAGCAGUGACCCCAUAAACAAUGUGUUCUACCGUGAGAAUGUCGAUCAGACGGCCUGCCAGGGCAGCUCCUGGGUGCGGGUCGAUGGGAACAUGACUAGGAUUGAGGUUGGGACGGAUGGAACUGUCUUUGCAGUUGACUCAGAGGGCUACCUGUACAGAAGAUAUGGGAUCUCUCGUGAUAACCCGACCGGAACUACAUGGGACGUCCAGAACUACCCCCUGUAUAUUAACCAUGCUACUUACGAUAGCGGAACUUUGUGGUUUGUGGCUGAAAAUGGGGUGGUUCUGAAGUGUCAGGUUCCUGGCUCAGGACUGGUCUGAAACAUUUAACAAUAUUGCUACUUCGUUCUUUUAUUCAGCCUCGGUUUGGUUUGUGGAAAAACAAAUCAUUUUCAACCAAACUAGGAUAAUAGCAGUGAAGUCUUGAAAAACUUGGACUUAAAGAAGACUUGAAACCUAUGUCUUCAUUGGCCUGCCAUGUUCUCCUGAACAUUCCUGAAGAAGGAAGAUUCACCAUGUGUAUGGCGCAUCUCACUAAGCCUUGACUGUACAUAGAGCUUACGUAUUCUCUCCUGAGUGAGAUGUUUAGUAUAAAAGACUAUAAGAACAUUAUUAUGGGAUGCUAGAAAACUUGCUACAGUACUCUAUGCUGUAAAGGUUUAUACCAACUCAGAGUAGGUGCAUAUGUUUAGGUAAAAAAAAAACCCAGAGGGAACAGUGAAAAGGAAGCAAAAUCCAUAAAAAUCAUAAGAUCAUACACAAAAUAAAUAUGGCCCAAACUCAGUUUGUGAAAAUACCCCAGUUUGACUGGACAGAGCCCCUCGGUGUUGGCAUUUCACUUGUGCUUUGCUACCUUCCAUCAUGGUGGUCACCACUUGGUCUGCCAAUGGAGUUUUAGGAACCCCCCUUUUUUCCACACCCAACUAAGGCCUAGUCCAACCACCAUGCAUGUAAUUGAGUUAGACUAACUCUAAAUGCCAUCUAAAGGCUAAACAAUACUUAGACUAAAGGGAAGGAACAUUAAAGAUAAGCCCCCAAAUGUAAAAAAAAAGGUACAAAGUUUGCUUAGGAGCAGUAACCCAUAGCAACCAAUAAGAUGUUUAUUAUUAAACAGGUGACAAUAAAAUGCUACCUGCUGAUUGGUUGCUAUACAUUAUAAGAAGUGUAACUGACUGGUUGCCAAGGACUGACAAGAGGGUGGGGAUUAGGCAGGAAAACAGCAUCUUUCUUUUAAAGGGGAGUGGCGGCUUACCCUCAGGUAUCCCAUAAUGACAGUGGGACACAUAUCACAGGGGGGGUCACCCUAAUAAAUUAUUCCAAAUUAUUUUCUAUCAUGGUAGUUGAACAAAAUAAACUUCACUUACACUAUAUAAAUAAUCUAAAUCUUAUUUCCUUCAGUCUUGGAAUUGCACAGUCCCAGCAAGCAGCAAGGCGCCAUUUUGUUAGUAAGGGAAGCUUUUCAGCAUGUCUAAAUAUUGUGUAUGUGCCAGAAUGGGGGACCCAAAGCACUGGCUACACAAUUAGAUGAUGAGGAGGGAGGAGAAAAGUGAGAAAUGCAGUGACAUCCAGGAAGUGCUGAAUGGAAAGUGAAAGUUAUUGUCUGCCUAAGGCAUAGAGGCGGGGCAGGCAAUAUAUGAUUGACAGCUGGGAUUUUUAAAUGCCUUUAUAAUGGGUAUGGAUGUGUUAAUAAAAAAAAGUAAUUUGUACAGCUUAUUAUGUCUGGGUGACAGGUCCCCUUUAAGAGCUAUGCAUUGCAAGCUUGAAUAAGGUUUCAUUUUAGGUCAAGCAAUAUUCAUGCACAAGGUUAUACCCAUUGACACACUUGUAAAGCUGAUUAAAAAAUGGAAUUAAAAAAUACUGACACCCAUGUCAA